AUGUCUUCUAACAAACGGAAAAGAAGUUCUACCUCUGUGGCGUCGACAUCAGCUCACUCAAGGACGAUUUCAUUUCCCAUUGAUGUUGAUGUACUACCUGUUUAUUAUGAUUGUGGUGAUUGCUCUUGUGUAUGCGAAUUCUGUGGUGCUUUAUUUUGGUUUACUGAAAGAGUUCUUUGGUAUUCUCGAGUUAAUCACCCACGUUAUACUCAUUGUUGUCGAUCGGGUGAUGUUGUUCUUCUAAAUCCUAUUACUCCACCAAAUGUGUUGUCUCGGUUUUUUGAAGAUGAUAGUUUUAUGCGCAAUAUCAGAGCAUAUAAUUCCAUGUUUUCUAUGACGUCUUUUGGUGCAAAGGUGGAUGAAGAAAUUAAUAAAAGUCAUGCUCCAUACGUCUUCAAGGUAUCGGGUCAGAUUUCCCAUUGGAUUGGGUCUCUUUGUCCACAAGAUGGUGGCCCCCCACGUUUUUUACAGUUAUAUAUGUGUGAUACUGAGAAUGAAGUUGUUAAUCGAAUUCGUGCUUUUCGUGAAGACAACAAUGUGAUUUUAUCUGCAGAUAUUGUCACUUGUCUGAGUGACAUGUUAACUGCAAACAACGAAUAUGUGCGUACUUUUAAGACAGCAAAAGAAAUUUCGCAGUCUAUGAGUUUGGAUUCGUAUGCUGUUCGUCUAUUUAACACUGUUCCUGAUAGGAGAUAUGGUCCCCCGGCUGCCGGUACUUUGGGUUGCAUCGUUUGUGGAGAUGAUGUUAGUGGCGCCUCCUAUGAUGUUGUCAUAUACUCAAAGACAGGUUUACCUCAACGUAUAAGUAAAUUACAUCCAAGUUACAUGCCUUUGAUGUAUCCCCUAUUAUUUCCGUACGGUGAAGCAGCAGAAUUGCCCAAUCUUACAACCGAGGUUGCAUUAUAUCGGACAGUAACCACCUGCAUGUUACAUGGUCCUUGUGGUUUGUUAAAUAUGGGUGCUCCAUGUAUGCGAGAUAAUAAGUGUAGUAAGCGUUUUCCAAAAGCCUUCACUUCGUCUACAACAUUUGAUGAUAACGGAUAUGUUCAUUAUAGGCGACGUGCUGGGGUAUGUCAUGUACUCCAAAAUGGCAUAAAAGUUGAUAAUGGAUAUGUGGUACCCUAUAAUAAGCGAUUAUGCACACGAUUUGAUGCACAUAUAAACGUUGAACACUGUGACUGGAGUAUGAUGAUAAAGUAUCUAUUCAAGUAUGUUUCAAAGGGUGUUGAUCGUGUCCGGUUUGUCCUACAACGAUCUGAAUCGACUGUUAACUAUGCUUCUUCCAGCAAUUUGCCUUUUGUCAAUGAAAUUAACACUUUUUUAGAUGGUCGUUACAUAUGUCCUCAUGAAGCUGCUUGGAGAAUUUUAAAUUUCCCAAUUCAUGAACGUGAUCCAGCUGUGCAAGUUUUAGCUGUUCAUUUGGAAGGUAUGCAAACAACUAUUUUUAAAGGGAAUACACAACUAAGCUUGCUGGUCAACAAUCCUACUUUUGCUGUAACAACAUUAACAGAAUGGAUGUACAACAACCACAUAGAUAUUCGAGGGGUCAAUUUAACAUAUUUAGAUUAUCCUACCAAAUUUCGUUGGAAUGCCUCAGCUAAAAGAUGGAGCCACAGAUUUAAAGCAAAUAGUACAUCAAUUGGGAGACUCGCAUAUGUGCACCCAACAGCAGGAGAGUUGUUUUACCUUAGGAUUCUAUUAUGUCACCAGAAAGGGUGCAUAUCAUAUGAUGAUAUUCGUACUGUACACGGAAUUACACACUCUACUUUUCGUGCGGCUUGUGAGGCUUUAGGUUUAACCGGUGAUGAUCGGGAAUGGUUAGCAGCUUUUACAGAGGCAUCUUCUUGGGCUACCGCCAGUGAACUGCGGUCUCUUUUUUGCCAUUUGCUUCUAUUUUGUGAUGUAGGUAGUCCAUUUCUCUUAUGGGAAUCUGCAAAAUCCAAAAUGGGGGAUGACAUUCACCGUGAAUUAACUUUAGAGUCACCAACUCCCGAGUUACACGAUGACAUUGUAGAACAACAAAUACUUUUGGAAAUUCAAAAAUUGUUACUUGCAUCUACACCAUCUAGAUCCCUUGCAGAUUUUGGCUUACCUCUGCCUUCACCGUCACUCCUUGCUGUACUUAGAAAUCGACUCCUCCUUGAAGAAACAAACUAUGACAAACAAUCACUAGCUUCUCAACAUGCAUCUAUGGUUUUACAGCUAAAUCUAAACCAACUAAGAAUAUAUAUGGAUAUUGUAAAUGCUGAACAAAACCAAAAACAACUACUUUUGUUUGUAUAUGGACAUGGUGGCACCGGAAAAACAUAUCUAUGGACUACCAUAUUGUCAUACUUCAGAUCUAUAGGAAAAAUAGUGCUAGCUGUCGCAGCCUCAGGUAUCGCAUCCCUACUACUACCUUCAGGACGCACUGCACAUUCUAGAUUCAUAAUUCCAACAGAACUUACAGAUAGAUCAUGUUGCAAUAUUAAAAAGAAUACCCAACUUGCGGAGCUGUUGAAAAAGACUUCAAUGAUUAUAUGGGAUGAAGCUCCAAUGAGUGAUCGGCGAUGCUUUGAAUCUUUGGAUCGAUCGUUGAAAGAUGUACUUGAGAAUAACAAAUGUCAUUUUGGUGGAAUGUCAAUGCUUUUAGGCGGUGAUUUCCGUCAAACACUUCCCAUUCAACCAAAAAGCACAAAAUCACAAAUAAUGGCCCUAACUUUACCAAACUCAUAUUUAUGGCCUCAUUUUACCGUUUACAAGUUACACCACAAUAUGCGUCUAUCUAAUGCAGAUAAUACAACUAUUCCUUCUCAUUCGUUAUCUGAAUUUGCUUCUUGGAUCCUUGAUAUUGGAAAUGGAAAUAUUGGCGUUCCAGAUGCAACCGAUCCAGAAAACACAAAAGUUAUAGAUAUACCUCCCAAAUUUAUCAUUGACACAACGAAAGGACUUCAAUCACUUAUAGAUUUUGUAUAUGGAAGUGAAAUAUUGGCAAACCCAUCACCUAAAAAUUUAUCAGAUAGAGCCAUUAUUUGUCCGAAAAAUGAAACCGCAGAUAAGGGGGAUGCAAUUCAAGUACUUGGACAAAGAGCUGAUCAAUCAUAUGUUGAAUCUUCACUACUUGUCUCCCAAUGUUACCAAAUUAAAGACUAUACUUGCACUAACGUUGAUCCAUAUCAAAAAUUCAUUUCCAACCCAUUCCAAAUAAAUGUUGGCGUUGCAUCAACGAUUGAGGAAAUACUAGAUGACAGUAGCAUUCCAAAAACAAACUUCCACUUCUGUUCAAGAUCACACCUAAAUACUAUUGCCGACAAAAAUAUCGAGUACCCAGGAGUGCAUAGAAUCUGCAGACAAGUUCAACCGAAAAGAACUAACAUCACACUCCAAUCCAGUAGUCGUUGCCCUUACCAAUAUGAAAGCCACAUUGUACGCAGCUACAAAAUUGCAGCAGUUAUCGUAGAUGCAACAAACUCUACAACCAUCUUCAUGUCUGAUGAAGCCACACGUAGCCUCACAAAUACAUCCGUGCAAGAAAUGCUUAGCAAGCACCCUGAUGACACCAAAAAAGUUCUACCCUCAACAAUUGAACAACUUAAAGGCUCAACAAAAAAUAUGUUUAUAGAGUGCAGCAAAUCAUCCAGUUCCAACAUCAUCCUUCAUACAAUCACCAAAUUAACUACGUGUGAAAUUUCAGAAAACCCAGCCAUAUCACCACUAACAAGAGUUACACUAACAACAACAGAACACACCGGAAUCAACAACAAAGAUGACACGACGCCUAAAAAAUCACGCAAACCAAGUAAACGCCUACCACUUGGCCCUACAGUUGAAGUUCCAAUAACAUCGCCUCAGAAACCAAAAAAAACAAGGAGCAAGGAUAAACAUAAUCUCGAGACUUUCCUUUCGUGUGGUGGGGCGGGGAGGUGCCUUGAAUACUACUCGCAUGGACGUAACCUUCCUGGUUGGCGCGAGAUCACUCUCGCCCAGUCUCCUAGGUGUCUUCUGAGGUAUUGCCUCUUGGCGUAA